AUUACCUGCUGAUACUUGCAGGAAAACAAAAUGGUGAAAGGCAUAAAACAGCUUGUGGCGCUGUGGAUAAUACUCGAAGAAAGCUAUUUUAUUGCGCUAGAAAUCUUAAAUAAUAACAAUUUAAAAAUGAACUUUCACAUUUUACUUACACGUUUUUGAGUGUUUUAGUCCAAACUGGUCAUCAGCUAGCGUCUAAUUAGGUCAUCAUCGGAGGCCUCACUCCCUUCAUUCUAAUUAAGGAUAAUUACACCAGAGGCAGCCGUCAAAACAAAAGCUACUGUUCCUUUAAAUCUUCACUCCUUUCAAAUGUUUUGGAGCGAGGGAGGGAAAUACAGUGAAAAGGAGACGAAACCACAUUGUCAAGGAAAAGGAGAGAGGAAAAAAGAGACCCACGCGUAAACUGACACUCCCCUUGAACACAUGCACCAGCGCACUGACAGUCUGACCAGUGCCGUCCAGCCGCCUGAAGCACAGCGCCCGCUGUUUGCAUGUGUUCACCCCCCUUUGGACUUGGUGGGAGGGGGGAGAAGUUUACCCAAAGACCAGCCUGGAUCACUGAGAGAGACGAUGCCUUUUUCCUCCACACCGGUCUCACGAUUCUUCAGUGGAUUUGCUGAUUCCCACAAUUAACCUUGCAAGUUAUUCAUCGGGAGUGGGGCGAGAUUUCGAGCCAGAGGAUGCUCCCACAGGUCAUUCGGAUACUGUAUGUCUUGUCUUUCUGCUUUUUCCAAGGAGUCUUUAUCAGACUGAGCUCCUGUAAGGAGGAGAUAAAGCACCCCAGCAAACAAGAGCUUUCACCUUCUGACUUCCUGGACAAACUCAUGGGGAAAACAUCAGGAUAUGAUGCACGGAUCAGACCCAACUUCAAAGGUCCGCCUGUGAACGUCACCUGUAAUAUUUUUAUCAACAGCUUUGGUUCAAUCACAGAAACGACCAUGGACUACAGGCUCAAUGUAUUUCUACGGCAAAAAUGGAAUGACCCUCGUCUGGCAUACAGCGAAUACCCCGAUGACUCCCUUGAUCUGGAUCCAUCCAUGUUGGACUCUAUCUGGAAACCUGAUUUAUUCUUCGCAAACGAGAAAGGAGCCAAUUUCCAUGAGGUCACUACUGAUAACAAGCUGCUACGGAUUUUCCAAGAUGGCAGCGUUCUUUACAGUAUCAGGCUGACUCUUACCCUGUCUUGCCCUAUGGACUUGAAGAAUUUCCCAAUGGACAUUCAGACCUGUACCAUGCAGCUUGAAAGCUUUGGUUACACGAUGAAUGACUUAAUCUUUGAGUGGCUGUCUGAGAACCCCGUUCAGGUGGCCGAUGAUCUCACCCUGCCUCAGUUUGUGCUAAAAGAAGAGAAGGAUUUGGGCUACUGCACUAAGCACUACAACACAGGUCAGUUCACCUGCAUUGAGGUGAAGUUCCACCUGGAACGUCAGAUGGGUUACUACUUAAUCCAGAUGUACAUCCCUUCCCUUCUCAUUGUUAUCCUCUCAUGGGUCUCUUUCUGGAUAAACAUGGAUGCUGCACCAGCCAGAGUUGGUCUGGGCAUCACCACAGUACUUACAAUGACCACACAGAGCUCCGGCUCAAGAGCCUCUUUGCCCAAGGUGUCUUAUGUGAAGGCCAUUGACAUCUGGAUGGCAGUGUGCCUUUUGUUUGUGUUUGCUGCCCUUCUGGAGUAUGCAGCAGUUAACUUCGUCUCAAGGCAACACAAGGAGUUCAUCAGGCUGAGGAAAAAGCAGCGGCAGCAGAGAAUAGAGGAGGAACUGGUGAGGGAGAGCCGCGGUUUUUACUUCCGGGGUUAUGGCCUGGGUCACUGCCUGCAGACCAAGGAUGGCACUGCUGUGGAAGGAGCCAGCGUGUUCACCCCACCACCACCUCCAAUUACCAUGUUUGAUGGAGAAGUGCUUCACAAGCGUUUCGUGGACCGAGCCAAACGAAUUGACACCAUAUCCAGAGCCGUUUUCCCCCUGAGCUUUCUCAUAUUUAACAUCUUCUACUGGGUCACCUAUAAAGUGCUGCGACAUGAAGACAUCCAUGCAAAUUUGUAAAACACUCUGCCAGUCUGGGAUGUUGUUGUUUGUUUGUUUGUUUGUUUGUUUGUUUUCUCGAAACCAAAACUGCCUGUCAAUCUACAUUACAGUGAGGAACCGUGUCAAAAGGCACAUCUGCUUCUCAGAACCACUGCUAAAAAUAAAAAUGUUGUGCUCAGGUGCGUCUUCAGGAUCUUGGACAUAGAGCAGUCGAGAGAAACUAGAUUAUGCUGCGUGGUUUCUGGCUGUUGUGUGCAUUUCCGUCUUGGAUUGAUUUGCCUGGAUUACAGCAGAGACGAGACACUAACGGUACUUUUGGGUUCAUGACCUUUGCUUCAAAAGAUGGAUAAAUGAUUUCAGCGAAGUUGGUCCUGGCUGAACAAGACAUUCUGACUUGAAUUUUGACACUACCCAGCUUUGAAUGAAUGUUUUUGAAAAUAUUUUUUUUAAACAACUUUAACAAAUGGGUGCAAACAGUACGGGCGGGGAGGGGAAGGGGGUCUUUGAUAUUUCUGACUAUUCAGUACGUGAUGAUCAUUCAGUUUAAGUAUCUGUAACAAGAGAUUAUAUAUAAUGGUGUAUAAAAGUGUAUAUAACAAAGCUGUUCAUUAUACUGCACAAAGCACAAAUAUGUAUUUCCUUUUGUCUAAAUUUAAAUAAAUUAAAUAAAUUGUUAUUCU